CGAUGUCGUUUAGGUGGUAUGCGUAUGAACGCUCAAUCCUUUCUCUGCUCCAUUCUUCGUGCGACACUGUUGUCCCCAGGCCUCUGCACACUCUCCUGUUCACACGUGCCAGUCUUUGCACUGAAUCUCUCAGUUAGAUCCUCAUAUUGAGAGGCCAGAUCAACUUUUCGGUUCUGCCUGUCGCUGCUGAACUGUCGGAUAUCGACCGCCAACUCUCAAUCGCUUGUAAACCACUCUCACGGCUCAGCCUGUGGCCUUUGAGUCUCACGGUGGGAUCGGCUUGUCCCUGUGCUUUCAAUAACUCUACAGCGUCACUAUUUGCACCCGUGGUCCUUAUCAAACUGCCCAUACAAAACUCCCAUAUCUCAUCUCAUUUCAAACUCCGAGGGUUCCUUAUUCCUCCUCGCAAUAUUCCCGCAAUUUUUGUGAGAGCUAGAGACGCGACGAAUUCCGCCCUUAGGCAACUCAAAGCCCUCAACAAAGCCGCCCCAUCGAUAUUACCUCAGAGAUGUCCUUGGUGAACAGAGCAUACGUGGGUGGGUCAGACCUUCCUAGCAUUGCAUGAACGACGUUCUCGAAGCCAGCUCAGUUUGAUAUAGUUUUACCCUCGCUGCAAGUGACACGCGAUUGGUGAUUUAUUUAGCCUCCGAGAGAUGUUGAAAGUGGCAAAAUAGUAAAUUGUACAAAUAUACGGUGAACCAAUUCAAACCCCAGAUCAUUGAGUGGAAACGUAAUUAGAAAGAAACCAAGAACAAGGAUCAAACUUUCGAGCUUGCUGUACUCGUCCUGGGGCUCUGCAUCGACAAUAGGCCAGCACCUUCAAGCGCCUCUCGAAUUUUCAGGUCAGGAUUGGGGGACCACUUGGAGCGUGCACGAAUUUGCGGCCCACUAGUAAAAAACGAG